GAAGCUGCGUUGAACGUGAAAAAAAUAUACCAAAUAGAAAAUGUCUGGUACAUCACAAAACAGAUUCUCCACAUCGUCUUCACCACCUCACACGAGUUUAAACCCCCCAAAUAUACAAUCUGCGCACUCACGCUCACCAAGUCCAACAACUGGUGCGUAUAACAAAACUGCAGCUGCACAAUUAGCCAGAAACAACCAAGCUAGGCAGACAUUUGGUGCGCCAUCCAGAACCCCAGUCAGUCCACGUGUACAGAGACCUGCGUCAGAGAUUGCUCAGUCUGCUGGUGGUAAUACAGGAUGGAAUCAGCAACAAAACCAAUUACUUGGUUCAGCUCAGCUCCCACCUGGGUCAGCUGGUUUGGGUAUGAACACUCCAGACACACUCGACCAAUGGUUUGAAAAUCUCGGUAGCUACGAAGACACUUUAGAAGAAAUGGCAGCUGCCUCACUUGAUCAGAACUUUAAGGAGGAGUUGGUUGCUAUCGAACAAUGGUUUAGAGUUCUCAGUGAAGCUGAGAGAACAGCUGCCUUAUAUUCUCUCUUACAACAUUCAUCACAAAUGCAAAUCCGCUUCUUCAUUACAGUACUUCAACAAAUGAGUCGCUCAGAUCCAAUAUCACAAGCACUUUUUAGUCCUUCAGCUGGCGCAAACCUUGACGGUCAAAUUGACACAGAGUUGUCUAGAAUGUCAUUGAAAUCUCCACAUUUGGCUGCUGUAUCGGGUAUAUCAGCAAAGAAUUCACCAAAUUUAGCUGCAACAACUGCUAUCAAUCGUCAGUCAUUAGCUGCAGGUGAAUAUCAUUUAUCACCAGAAGAUGCUUUGAGCGCACAUAGACAAAGGUUUAACUCAAAGAGAACUUCAGCACCAGGUCAUUUACCUGGUCCUGGUACGAUCGGUGCUGGGUCAUCGACAGAUAAUCUUAGAUCACCAAAUUGGCAAAGAGGUUCUGGUUUGGAGCAAGUACAAGAAAGACGCUCUCCAACACCUUCUGCUAAUUCUGAAAGACCAAAAUCUUCAGAUUCUAGCUCAUUCGUUAGAUCUGAUUCUAUUCAGGAUUUAAAUGAUGAUCAAGCUUUAGCUAUGGCACAAGCUAAUGCUAACAUAUCUUCACCUUUGCAACAAUCUGCCAAUUGGUCUUCAAUGGUUAACACCCCUUCAAUUGGUAAUUUCUCAAUUAACCAAAAUCAAAAUCAAAAUCAAUUUGAUACUGAUUUACAAAAUUGGUACGCCAACGUAACCAAUAGCGGUAAUAAUAAUAAUGCAGUUCGUUUGGACGAUGCUCGCAAAUUCCGUCGUCAAUCUAGACAGUCGGUUAAUUAUGAUGAUGUUACAUCUGCACAAGAUGAUUACAACGGUGUAUUGAACAACGGUUUAUUAACACCAGGCGGGACGUCUGUAGGAAACAAUCAAACUAACCAGAAUUUACAACAAUUGUUAGCACAACAGCAACAACUUAUCAAUAGUUUAUCCUCACCUGGACAAGUGAGUGCACCAACUUCACCAAAUCCAGGUAACCCAAUUUUGGCAUUACAAUUACAAAGUUUACAUCAACAACAACAAUUAUUGCAACAGCAACAACUCGCACUUGGUAGACUUCAACAGCAACAGAAUGUAAGAGCAGGACCAGGCUUGGGUAUUUAUGGAGGUAAUAAUUCAACUAAUGGAAGUAGAUUACCUUCACCAUAUAAGCAAUCUUUCAAUCAACAGCAAUUAGGUAUACCACCAAAUCAACAAGGAGGAAAUAAGAGAUCUAUAUCGAAUCAAUCAAGACAACGUAAUAAUACCACGAACAAUGAAGAUGAACUUGAUGAAAGAGUUUUAAACGAUGUUGCAACUUGGUUAAGAGUUUUAAGAUUACACAAGUAUACAACGAAUUUCCAAGAUUCAAACUGGAAGGAAAUGGUCGCAAUGUCUGGAAACGACCUUGAAGCUAGAGGUGUAGCAGCUGUGGGCGCUCGUAGAAAGAUGCUCAAAGAAUUUGAGAAGGUUAGAGAAAAGUAUGAUAUACCAGCAACACCUGAACAGGAAGCUGAAAUGAAGGAGGAGAAGGAAAAAGCUGCCAAUCCUACUGCUAGCGGUAAUGAAUAACAUGUUUCAUUUGAGUAAAUUACAAUAUUUCUUCACGUUUUAAAAUAAAUUUUAUAUGCUUUUUGCUUUCUAUUUGUAUAUGGUUUAUGAUAUCUUUGAAUUUUUUACUCUC